AAGUUCAGUAACCCUGUAGAAAGCCAAAAGGGAGGAGCGCCACGGAUAGCAAAGGCUGGCAGCAUGUUGGAGGCUGGAUGAGGAGGUGGCCUCUCAAUUUCUUCUUCUCCCUUUGCUGACAGGGCCAGUGGGGAUCUGACUGCCAAGGCUAAAUGAAUUCCAUCUGACUGCCAACUGUGACUACAAAUUAUCAGGCAGCCUCUGAGAUUCGCCUCUGGGAGGUGCCGUGGAUUUCCUUGUCCAGGUUUCUUCAUGAAGACCGUUGAUUUGAAGAUUGUCAUCCUUGGAGCACUGGGUGUGGGAAAGACAUCACUGCUCUACCAGUACAUACACAACAAGUUUUAUGAAGAUUACCGAACCACCUUAGGAGCCAGCGUCCUGACGAAGACCAUCACUGUCCAGAACAAGACUGUCAAGCUGCAGAUCUGGGACACAGGAGGUCAAGAGCGUUUUCGCUCCAUCGUCUCCACCUACUAUAAGGGUUCAGAUGGUUGUAUCCUGGCCUUUGAUGUGACUGACACAGAUUCCUUUGAGGCUCUUGAUUACUGGAAGAAAGAUUUCCAAGAAAAGAUCAUCCCUAAGGAUGCCAGCUACCCUUUUGUGGUCUUGGGGAAUAAGAUCGACAUUCCAGACAGACAGGUUUCUUUUCGACAGGCAUCGGACUGGUGUGAGGAGCGGAGUAUUCCUUAUCUGGAAGUGAGUGCCCGGGACAACAUUAAUGUUCAGCUAGCCUUUGAGACCCUCAUUCAGAAUGCCCUGGUUAAGUACAUGGAGCCAACAGAGAGCUACCUCACAGAAUCCAUCAAGUUGAAACCAGAAAAGGAUGACAAGAAACACAAAAAGAAGAAGAAGAAGAAGUGCUGCUGAUAUAAGUUUCUAAAGGAGCGCCCAGAGACAUUCUCUGUAAGACAUUGACUUAUAAAGGCCGUGCAUGGAAUAUGCUGCUGUGCACAGGAGACAAAGGAGUUUACUCAGAUCUUCUUGAGUGGAGACCACCAGGUCACGGCAGGGAGACCACACUUUACUGACAUUCAGGCUCAUGAGGUGCUUCAUUUUUCAGAAAGCAGCCUUUAAGUAAAUCAAAUGAAGCACUUUGAACAUGUUUCUCCACAAAGAGACUAUGAAAGCCAUUUUGCAGCACACUGUUUGGAUUGCUUUACAGGUUUGCUGGGAGCUUCAUUUCUUCACUAAAACUGUGUGAUACCCCACAUGAUAAAAAAGUAUUAAUGAAUGAAUAGCUCCUAAACAGAAUAGGUGAGGGAGGGUUGGAAAUAUAAGUCUUCAACACUCUGUGAAACGUGUCCUCCACUAAGGCCAUGUGAUAAAGAAUAACAAAUGUUACAAGUGGCAGUAUAAUAUUACGAUGUAAAUUAACAGCAUGGCACACAAUCUUCAGUAGAGAAGACAAGAAGACAUUCCUGGUACUGCCACAAGAGUGCAGCACAGCGCAUCCCUGCAUAGCAGCGUGCCCAGUGCAUCAACAAAGGAGCAUUGAACCACACCUGCAACCAACACCUGCUCCAAUCUGGCACUUUAUUAUUAAUGUUUCCUCAGAUUUGCAAAGAAAAUGUAGUGAAAAUAAAAGGGAAGACCAUCUGUGGAA